AUGAAGCUCACUAAAGUUUUGCUCCUCCCCCUCCUUACAAUCGCGCUUUUGAGAGUGAACUCUGUUGCGGCAGAAGAAGAAAGAGGUUACCCAAUUGCUGAACGUGGUUACCCGAUCGCUGAGCGUGGUUAUCCAAUUGCUGAACGAGGCUACCCAAUUGCUGAACGAGGCUACCCAAUUGCUGAACGUGGUUAUCCAAUUGCUGAACGAGGUUACCCCAUCGCAGAGCGAGGUUAUCCAAUUGCUGAACGUGGUUACCCAAUCGCUGAACGUGGUUAUCCAAUUGCUGAACGUGGUUACCCAAUUGCAGAGCGAGGUUAUCCAAUUGCUGAACGUGGUUACCCAAUUGCUGAACGAGGUUAUCCAAUUGCAGAGCGAGGUUAUCCAAUUGCUGAACGCGGUUACCCCAUCGCAGAGCGAGGUUAUCCAAUUGCUGAACGUGGUUAUCCAAUCGCAGAACGAGGUUACCCCAUCGCAGAGCGAGGCUAUCCCAUUGCGGAAAGAGAUAACGAAAAGAGAGGUUAUCCAAUCGCAGAACGAGGUUAUCCAAUUGCGGAGCGAGGUUAUCCAAUUGCGGAGCGAGGCUAUCCAAUUGCGGAGCGAGGCUACCCCAUUGCAGAGAGAGAUAACGAAAAGAGAGGUUAUCCAAUCGCAGAACGAGGUUACCCCAUUGCAGAGAGAGAUAGCGAAAAGAGAGGUUAUCCAAUCGCAGAACGAGGUUACCCCAUUGCAGAGAGAGAUAACGAAAAGAGAGGUUAUCCAAUCGCAGAACGAGGUUAUCCCAUUGCGGAAAAGAGAGGUUACCCCAUUGCGGAAAAGAGAGGUUACCCCAUUGCGGAAAAGAGAGGUUACCCCAUUGCGGAAAAGAGAGGCUACCCAAUUGCAGAAAAGAGAGGCUACCCAAUUGCAGAAAAGGCAUAA